UGUGUGUGUGACAUGCCACUGCUUGUGUGGCAGUCAGUGACACCAGCAUGUCCUGCAGACUCAGGUCGAUAGCAUUAUCCCGUACCUCCCACCAGCCGUCAUUCAGCUCCAUCCUGGCCUCGGAGAGCUCUGCCUCUCACAGCGGCUGUGUGUUUUCACUCUUUAAUGCCCAGUGAAGAAUCUGCUUUCACUCAAGCUCUAAUCUUCAGCAGCAGCUUCAUUUAUCUGGAGCAAUCUGCAGCAGGUGUUAAUAAAGCAACACUAAAGCAGACAGACAGGUUAUGACAAAUGUUUUAUAAAUAUUAACGUUUAGUAACUGGAACAUUUCUGAAGGGUAGCUGAGCAGCUACUGACUGAAAUUACCGUCAGGCCAAAAGAAAUGACCUACAUUUAGAACAACACCAAGGAGAAAUGUUAAAACUGCUGCCAGUCGCUCACAAAGAUCUCCAUGGUAACCACGCAACAGCACUUACUAGAGGCACUUUAUUACAGUGCCUUUUGAUGUUUAAUUAGCAUUUUGUUUUUCCAAGCUGCUGGGUGUGAAAGCAGGGCCAAACUACAGAGUAGUGGUCAGAAUUACUGACACCUUGCAGAAAUCCUUCAGGAAGCAGCGCGACUUUUCACAGCAACUCUGAGAAACUGAGCUCAGACUAGCACUCAGAUUAUCUAAUCUGACUUUUUUCUUGUCUGCAUAUUUGCUAUAAAUAGACAUAAUGAUUCAUCCUUUAGCUAUGUGUUUCUAACUAAACGCACCAAAGAUUCAAGUGUUGUAUACAUCAUGGGCUGCUUAGUUCUCCAGCCUCCAGAUUCAUAAUCCCCAAAGUUACGGCUGCACAAUUCUGGUUAAAAUAAGAAUCAUCAAUUUUUUGUUUAGAAUUUAGUUCACGAUGUUUUUCCAAAAUAAGUAUUUAUUGCACUUAUUACCUGCACAUCAACUUCGGUCACUGAACAUGAAAACAGUAAAUGUCUCUCGUCGUCUCUAACGUACACAACUUCAGAAUAAUUUAAACGAUAACAAUUUUGAACAGUGUUCUCUCUGCUUGUAAGGUGAUGAGAGAGGUAGGUAAUAGGUAUGUUUCUUAAAAUAUAAACCACAAUUAUUAACAAAAUAUAACAUUUAACAUGACAACAUGAUUGCUGACUGUGGCAGGACCACAACAGAGAACAUAGUCCUUUUCUUAUCUAGCCAGCUGCUUAAAAUCGUUAUCAUUUGGAAAUGAGAUUGCAUACAAGUAUGAAUUGAGAUCACAAUUUUUGUACGAUUUAUUGUGCAGCCCUACCCAAAGUCCACAGAGAAGCAAAAGCUGUGUUUCCUCUACAGGAGUUCUGGAAACACGCUGACUCUGUCCCUUCCAGGACUUUUCUAAGACGUCAGCAUAUCACAAUUGCUUUGGCAUCGAGUGAUGUCACUGACCAGCGCCAAAAGGCGUCCCCGGACAUCAGUGAUGUUAAAAGUUUUAUUGUGUUCAGGGGAUAGGAACAGCGGAUGGGUAACGUAAAAAGUGGCAAUGAUCAGAAGAAGUGCUCUGUAGGAGACCACAAAGCGCUGUGUGUGUGUGUGUGUGUGUCUCAUUUUUCAGCGUCAGGAGUCUAGAAAUGGCUUGCUGAAAGCAUUAUCACUCCUUAUAUUCUUCUUGUCCUUCCUUUCCACUUCACCAACAAAUCUUCCAGUUUUUCCAUAUGCCGGUUGUUUGUUGACGCCUGAUGAUGUCAUUUCCUACCGAGUUACACACCCUAUUGGGCGCAGAAGAGCAUAUCAGCGUCGCCACCAUAUUGGAUGGGUCUCCUCACUCCAAAGCCAAUGAAGAGUGAGCAACUACGUCUGUUUUUGUGCAGCCUACGGUUGCAAAAACCGGCGAUAAAAACAGAUCAUGUUGGAUUACUGACUUUUUUAGCCUACCUGAUUAUAUUUUUAUUUAUUUAAUUUCAAUAUAUUUAUAUUUUAAUCAUCAUGCCAUACCUUGUGUCUGGUUUUGUGAAAAAGCUUGAUAAAAUUUUUUUAUUUGGGUAAGCACCUUCCUCAGUACAAAGGAAUGCACUGGGGUGAAUGGAGACCCAUCCAAGAUGGCGGCUGGCCACUACAGCAGCACCAGUCCAAGGGGAGUCUACGUGUGAAUGUCUGUGAGUGACUACUGGGCCUUUCCCAGUACUUAACCCAGGUUCUCUGCUGAUUCCUGAAACGGCACUACAGAAAACGCUGAAAUGAAGACACACGCAUGCCGCUAAAAUUACCCGGAGGUUAAGGGGGCCGGUAUCCAGCACGUUUCAGUUUCAGCUGUUUCUACACCCCUGAUUUCAGUCAGCAGGGGAUUAGCAGGCUUCUGGAGAGCUUGAUGAGCUGCUACAGGUCAUUCAACCACUGAAUCAAGUGUUGUGGAGCAGAGAAACAACUAAAACAUGCUGGAUAGCGGCCCUCCAGUCCUAGAUCUGUGCCUCAUAGCCGUUCGCUGGCCUGUGAGUGUUCAUGUGAUAAUGAAAAGGUGCUGCACAGCCUGAGGCUGUAAAAACUAAGCAAUGAUUUAUGAAUGCACGUCUGAAUGAGGCUUGUAAAAGUGCAAAAGCCUUCUGAGUGCUCACCUUUAUCAGUCCAUCAAAACGUAUCUGACAAUAACCCACCGAGCAUCCUGCCUUGCUUUUGUGCUUUGUUCUCCCUGAAAGGCUCAUCUGGACACGUUCUCUGAGCAUUCAGACUUAUUUAAUGGGACCGACAUGAACUCUCCUGAAGCCCAAACAAUAAUCCACUUCAGAUACCCCCCACCCCCCUCAGGAGCAGCAUAUCAUUUCAUCACACCACAGCCGUGCCGUUGUUCUUCCUUCGAGGAGGUCCUCCCUGCAGUACGAGCAGCUAUCACUGCUGCUUUGUCACUGUCAUGGCCACCACUACAGCUAAAUCUGAAGUAAUACACAAAAUCUUCCCAGGAUGCACCUCGGCCCGGCUCGUGUGGGGGUGAGGCGACAUGUGAGCCGCUGUAAUGAAGGAUCAGAGGUGAACGACUUGUGUAAAUAUCUUGUGAGACAAAGCGCCGCUGGGCCGGAGGAAGGUUUUUAGUUUUGAUGUUCUGAUUUGAGCUGCAUCUUUAGCUCCCGAGCUUCCAGUGGUGGGCUUGUUCUCAGCAGAACCCCCUCUUGCUCGGUAACCUUCAGUAAACCAGCCAACUGUCUGUGUUGUCCCUCCCUCCCUCUCUCAGUCCUCUCCUGGGGGUUUGUAAGGAAAAAUAAAUAUUUUUAGACCUUACAAUCCAGAGCUGCUGCCACUUGUACUUUUUUUUUCAUUUUAUAAACCCCACCAUGGGAAAAACAUCCACCUCCCCUUUUCUCACUAUUGACGCAAUCCCUUAGCCUUUGGCGUCCUACUGCCACCCAUCAAGUAAAAAUAAAGAAAGCUACCCCAAGGGAAAAGGUCACCAUAGCAACUACCUUCAUCAGAGCAACCCCUCAAAAUGUCCAUCUGAAGCCAGUCCUGCGAUUUCACUGUCUGCAGAAGCCAGAAGUUUAUGUGUCGGGGCAGAAAGGGUUCUGGGAGGCCUCCAGAACGCUGAGACAAAGGUGGUACAAAGCAAGCCUCGGAGCGAGCGCAGAUGUCCAGCAGCUGAUCAGCCCCACACACAUCCCAGCUCUGGCAUUUCUGCAAUAAGAUGACAGAAAGUUAGCUUGCUAAGCCUGGAUGAAUCAUCGGGACAAGCUCUGCCAUGCAACAACAGCUGGCACACGGCGAAAAUAGGUUUCCCCCCUCAGUUCUUAAGAAAGCAGCAAGCAGGGACACCGCCACUCCCCACAAACUCAUUUCAACUCUUAAGUCUUAGAAAUGAUCCACGAGCAGCGUUUCCAUUUUCCAUCUGAACAUGAGCAAAUUAAAGUCCUCUCCUCGGGACCAUAUGGCCUCCCGCUCCCGUUCUGAGCUGCUGCCGUGUCAAAGAGCAGAUCUCAUAUCCCAGAUCACAAGGGACCCACUCUUAAUCCACGCAGUCUCCAUGCAGCGCCGCAGCUACACUGUGCUUAUUGUGUGCAUGUCGACCCAUUGUUGUGUCACACAGCAGCGGAGCUAUUUAUAGCCUUGGUCUCAGCUGUAUUUUACAUUCAGCCAGCUCAGCUCAGAGUUGUGAAGUGGAGCUGGUCCACUCUCUCCAGGCGUUUUCUGCCUUUUUCUAAGCUCUGCCAGGAGACCCGAGGGCAUCGGAGGAGUCGUUGCAUAGUUGGGUUUUCAUUGUCUUACUUUUGCACUCCAAGGAGGACAGGAAGCAGCUGCCAGUUUCACUUCAACCUCACUUCCUGUGUCAUUCUAACGUGAAAUGAAGCCUGUUCCUGUUGAGUGUUUGCUGGUUUAUAAAUCCUACAUUUAAAGGCCAUCCACGAGUUUCCAGAGGACAUUUUCACUAAGGAGCAGAGGAAGCACGGGGCUGUGCUUCUGCAUGCACUCUGCGCCAUCUACAUGUUCUACGCCCUGGCCAUCAUCUGUGACGACUACUUUGUUCCUUCACUGGAGAAGAUAUCUGAGAACCUGCAGCUGAGCGAGGAUGUGGCCGGGGCAACGUUUAUGGCCGCGGGAAGCUCCGCCCCCGAGCUUUUCACUUCUCUUAUCGGUGUCUUCAUCACUAAAGGCGACGUUGGGGUUGGAACAAUCGUGGGUUCGGCUGUCUUCAACAUCCUGGUCAUCAUCGGGCUGAGUGGAAUCUUUGCAGGACAGACGGUGGCUCUGACAUGGUGGUCUCUGUUCAGAGACUCAUGUUACUACAUCCUGGCUGUCCUAGCACUCAUCGUGGUUAUCUAUGAUGACAGAGUGUGCUGGUGGGAGUCCCUGGUCCUCAUGACCAUGUAUGGGAUCUACAUCAUCAUCAUGAAGUUCAACUCUCAGAUUUCAGUGUUUGUGAUGCGUCAGGUUCAGAGCAGCGGGCCGUGCUGCCGGGGAUCCGAGGGAAGCCAGGAAAACAAGACGGGGGAAGAGGCUGCAGCUUGUAACACCUCUAUGGUGCUUCUCAACAAAGGGCAAAGCAACUGUGAGGACAACCCUCCAGUCAUCAUGGUGGAUGAGCUGCUCAUCCUCAACCCCCACAAGCUGUCCUUCUCAGAGGCCGGCCUGCGCAUCAUGAUCACCCCCCACUUCUCGCCCCGCACCCGGCUCUCCAUGGCAGGACGCAUGGUCAUCAGUGAGAGACAGAGGCUGAUCAGAACGUCCAAACACCAGCGGGAUGGUGACGCCGCCUCAGGCUCAAGAAAGGGGUCCUCUAGUAACAGCUUAAAGAGGACGGGCUCCUGCGGUCUGGAGAAUGGAGGUGGAAGACCCAGGAUUAGAGACGCCGAGUCGGGAAACAAGCCUGGGGUCGAAGCGAGCAGGCCAGAGGAAGAAGAGGAUGAUGAAGAUCGGAUUUUUAGUCCAGUGCGCAUGCCAGGCAGCUGCUGUGCACGGGUGAAGUGGGUGAUCACCUGGCCUCUGGGCCUCCUGCUCUACUGCACUGUGCCUAACUGCAUCCUGCCUCGCUGGCACCGCUGGUUCAUGGUCACCUUUGUGGCCUCCACCCUGUGGAUCGCUGUCUUCUCCUACCUCAUGGUGUGGAUGGUCACUAUCAUCAGCUUUACACUAGACAUCCCAGACUACAUCAUGGGUAUAACCUUCCUGGCAGCAGGAACCAGUGUGCCAGACUGCAUGGCUAGCCUGAUCGUAGCUAGACAAGGCAUGGGGGACAUGGCCGUGUCCAACUCCAUAGGCAGCAAUAUCUUUGACAUCCUGCUGGGUUUGGGCUUUCCUUGGGCUCUGCGGACCCUCGUGGUGGAUCGUGGAUAUGAUGUGCACAUAAAUAAUAAAGGACUUGUAUACUCCGUUGUCCUCCUGCUGGCGUCGGUGUUUCUGACUGUGAUGAGCGUUCAUCUGAACCACUGGAAGCUGGACCGCCGGCUGGGUCUGGGUCUGAUAUUUCUUUAUGCUAUUUUCCUGCUCUGCUCCAUCCUUUUUGGACAAAUGUAAAGACCUUAAAAGGUCUGCCUCAUAGGCAAUGCGUCAAAAAGCUCCACUUCUACCACACAUCGUUUUACCUGAAGCUGACAAAGCAACAAAAACACCCUGAAAAAGGCAUUGUUGUGUUCCAGUUGGGACAUUUUAGCCCCUCUGUAUGUAUCGAUGUAUGACCGCACAAACACAUGUUCUUUAAGAAGGUUUUAGUUCUUUUGUGUACAGCGCAGUGAUUGGUAUCAGAAAUUUCACUGCAAAAAAUAACUUAAAUUAACAAAAAGCUGCAGAGAAAUUAAGCCUUUAUUAGAGGUUUAAAAAGGACUCCGACAAUCAUUUAAAACAAGUUUUCCAAUUUUUCACUUUUCAAAUUUCUUUAGGCCUUUUCAGUUAGCGUGCUUCAUUUAUCGCUAAAUCUCCAUGCUAGCUUACCAGCUAGCUGUCAAACUGAAUCGCUUAAUAUUAUUUUCUGUCAGUAUUUUGAUAAAACAGCCAGUAGGUGUUCAGAUUCACAGUGAUUUUACAUGAUUUACUAUUUAUUUAUAUUAUGUUGUAUUGAGUCUGACUGUUGCUACAGCUGAGCUACGUCAUAGCCGUUGUUCCAACAGAAAUCCUACCCAUACAGAUGUACUAUUUUGUGCUGUUGCUAAUGCGCAAAAAGAUAGCUAGUUAGCGCAACAUUACUAACUUUUACAUGUUGAUGGGGUCUCUGGUGCAGUUUGUUUUUUUUUAAAUGGCAGCACUUAUUAAAAAGCAGGUUUUGCACACAGUCGCAAACUGCAGUUGAGAAAAAAAGUGUUAACCCAACAGCUAAGUUGUCUUCAAAAUUAAUCUAGAGGUUAAGGCAACGGUAAUAGUAGUAAUACGGAGCCCAAGUCACGCCCACCUACUUCCACACCACGGGUCCCCGGAAGAACAAAAAAAUGAAUGCAAGUCAAUGGGGCUAAAAACGCUAUUUUCUAACUCAGCUUGUUUUGUGCCAUGGAUUUCACAUAUGAUGUCCGUGAACUUUAAAGACACAUUUUGAUACCAAGAACACGCUUAUUUUCGAACGGGGGAAACGCUAUUUUAGGUUUCGUGUGAAAAUAAGUCCAGGACUACAAAUGCGCUUCACGAAAGUGACGUCAUCGAACCAGACACGGAGAAAACUGAGGGAAAAAGGCUGCAAGUUCAGCAAACUUCCCACAGGAGGAAAGAACCACCAUAAAUCUGGUCAUUUGGUUAGUAGCAGCUACUUUGGGGAGAGGAGACCAUGUGGUGAUGUCACAUAUACGACGUGCCGAUUUUUGUUGUGUAGUCAUGCUAAUUACAAACUUUUACAAGCUGAUGAAUCUCAAAGUACCUGACUGGAGUGGUUGAAACACCCACCAUUACUUUUCAUUUAAAUUGCAGUACAACAUGUGUGUGAUCCAGGGCGUAAGGCUAAGCAGAUUAGAAAAUAGCGUUUUUAGUGCCGUUGGCUUGCAUUCAUUUUUCGUUCUUCCGGGGACCCGUGAGCCGACCGGAAAGGGAGGAGACUUAGGCUCCCUGUGCUGUUUUCUUUGAGACUACUUCCGGAUGUUUGAAUGUACACCCUUACAUUAGUGUGAAAAAUAGACUUUUAGAAUAAUCAAUGUUAAAAUGCAUUCUUUUUGAUGACUUUGAGCCAACAGGUGCGUAAAGAGAUAAAUGUAGUAUCAAAGUAUUUUUAAAAGGCUUAUUACUAUAGAAUCUAAUAUUUUAUAAACUUUAUGAUCAUCAUAAACCUUUGGUGCAGGUUGGUAGUAUGGGUAGACCAAUAUUUCGGUCUGGUAUUUACCGUUUUUACCGCUCUUAGUAAAGCCAAUUCCUCAGGCAGCCCAUGCUGUUGCAGAUUUUAAUUGUACUUUUAUGAUCACUAAUAACAUCAACAUAAUCAAUACUCUAAAUUAACUUUAUUUGGGUGUCUGACUAACACUGAGCAGAUUUAAUAGAUAAAUUCAGAGUUCAAAAACGGAUUCAGCUUCAGAAAUUUUGUGCAUCAACUGAUGUUAUUAGUGACAUUUUAGCAUGAAAAUAAGGCGGAAAACGUCUAGACGUCGGCCACAGGCUGACCGUGUCUCCUUGCCAUCAGCAAUAGAAAAACCAAUAUGGGUCGACCUCUAGUUGGUAGUAGACUUAAUGUUUAGGUACGACAAUGAAAGUGAAGUUUCUUGUACAUUUUAUAGGGUCAUUAAAAAAAUAGAGAGAUUUGGCCAAACAGAACAACACACAUUUACAGCAUGUGUGUUUGAUAGUUAAUAAUGCUGCAUUUCACUUCCUCCUGUUAGCAGCCAUUUAAACAAUGUGGGCACAUACUAGUUUUACUUUUAGAGUAUUUUUGAAGAGUAGAGCCGUGAACUCUACAUGUUUCAUCAAAGGGAUCCUGGGUUUCUUGUCUUCUUCCAGGUGGCCGUAUAAUUAUCUACUUGACAAUGCUUUUUGUUUAUAAUUGUUAAAUAACUUACAAAGUUUUACAAGAAUGAAUGUUCUUUAGACUUGUUUUGUGGUAUUUUGAUAUUUUUUAAAACAUGUAUGUGAAUUAUUGUAACAUGAUGAAUGCUUAUCGGUAAAUGCUCAGUAGGCUAUGAAAGCUUUAAGUCAGACUAGCACUAGUUUGCCCUUCAGCGUUAGGAUUUUCAGUUAUUCGAUUUUAAAAAUCACUGUAAAUGUUAGCCUGGCAAGUCAUCCUGUACAUGCCACAAGCAGAGCAACGUCAUUUUGCCAUGGAAACAGACGGUGAGGGUUUCGUGAAAAUGUGGUUUAAAAAUGGUAAAUUCCAAGUUUUAGACGUCUUCUGUUAAUGGCAGCGAGCCAAGUCAGUCAUCAAAUUAAAGCUGUAGGAUUCUCUUAUUUUAUUCAAGUUCGUGAAUAGUCGUCAAGAUCACACCAUUAAAAUAACCAAACAUGACUUCCCCUUUUAUGUUUGAAUGUUCAAUUAGAGAGAAGCGAGUAAUGGAAGGAUUCACUUCCUAUUUAUUGUUGUGUGAUAAUGUGUUUUUAGCCUUACCUGAGGCACAAAUUGCCAUUUUCCAUCCUCCAAAUCUCCAUCCUUGUUUUUGCCAGCAGAUGAUUCACCAGUGUGACAUUAACAUCCUCUUUUUCCACUCAGCUGUCAGCAGCUUCUGUCAUCAUAGUAAUAAUCCAAACAGCUGAGCUCCAUCCUCAUGAAUAUUUUGUUUAUUCUGCUGUGAUGUUGGGUGUAGACAAUCUUAGAGUAAAAAUGUACUGCUUUAGAGAUUGUAUUGAUCCAUAGAAGACUGUUGUAUCUUGAGUGCAAUAAAAAAGUGCAAUAACUGA